AUGUCUGAGCCUCUUGCUAGCGGCGAGUACUACAUCGAAGCCGGCGAUUACACUGGAGGAUCGUUCUCCAGCCGCCCUCUCGGCAAGGAUGGUCAAUUUGCUGUUGUACUGCCGAAGGGUUCACCCGCUACCAAGUGGAAUAUUACAAGCACGGGUGCCGGAAAAUAUACGAUUGCUAUUGACCAGUCUUAUGCUCGACCCGACGGGGACAACAUCUCCCUGACUAUGGACAAACGUGCGCCGUUCGAAUGGACCAUUAUGAGGUCGGCGCCCCACCCGCCGCCCAUCGGAACUGAUAAUUUUGGCAUCAACGUCGACGCCCAGACUCAAUGGCACUAUGACCUAGGGGAUUCAGCGGUCGCGACUAAGGUCACUCUCGGCAAUGUCGGAGCUUCUAUCUGGAUUCACACUUAAAUUUGUCACGUUUAAUAUGUCGACUGAUUUAAGCAGUGUGUGUGUU